UCCACCACUGGAAAAAAACCAACCACCUCCAAAUUCUAUAUGUCGAAGAUAUCAGCCAUUUUAAAGGCAAGAAAGAGUCAAUUAAAAAACAAAAAAGAUGGUAAAAUAAAUAAAAAAUCUUCCGAGACUUCCAAUUCCACUGGAGUCCAUAAAAAUUCAGGCGCUAAAAAGGGUUUACAGAAUGAGGUGAAACAGUUCUUGGACAAAUCCCAAAAUGAAACCCCUGAGUCGGAGAAUGAAGAUAUGACUAUGGAUGAUUUUUUAAACGGUGAUUUUGAAGACUCUGCUGUGACCGAACCAACUACACUUCAGAAAAACAAAAACCCUUCUCCGAAAGAUCAGGAAACUGAAAAAGGGGUCUCCAAGUCGAAGAAGAACAGAAAAGAAAAAGUCACUCAGGAACAAGAGGAAAGCAGCUCUUCUGACGAAGAAGAGGCGGAUGCUGAGCAAUAUCAAGAACAACUUGAUUCAUUGAAGGAGAAGGACCCAGACUUUUACAAUUAUUUAAAGAAAAAUGAUAGCGACCUGUUGGAUUUCAAUGCAGAUGCAGUAUUGCAGGAGGAUGAGACUGAAGGAGGCAAGCGGUCUAGUGUAGGAAAAACUGAGAUUACUAUGGAUAUGCUGAGUAAAUGGCGGGAUCAUUUAAAUAAUCAAAAGUCGUUGACAACUUUGCAGAAGGUGAUUCAAGCAUUUAAGGCAGCCGCUUAUUUGAAUGAGGACGAAGGGAUGAACCUGAAAUACUCAAUAACAGAUUCUAGAGUAUUUAACGACCUUUUAUUGUUAGCCAUUCAAGCUGUUCCACGUGUGCUGAAUCAUCAUGUUCCCGUGCAAACAGAAAAAAGCGGUAGGAAAAUUGUAAAUACUGACAAUAAGAUUUUGUCUCGCCUCAGUCCUAUGCUUAAGUCCUAUGGAUUUUCCAUCUUGCGAUUUUUGGAAGGAAUGACUGAUGCUAAAAAUAUAUCUUUACUACUUCGUGAAACUCAAAAUGUCCUUCCUUACAUGAUCACUUAUCGAAAGUUUUUGAAACAAUUUGUGGAGGCUGUUGUUGAGGUCUGGAGUACCAACCGUGAUGAUUCUGUUAGAGUUUCAUGCGUUUUGGUUUUACGUAGUAUUUGCUUAACGGCAGACUUGACUUUGCUGGAAUUUGUUUUCAAGCAUAUGUAUUUAACCAUGAUUCGCAUUUGUUCUUAUACAACUGUUCACACUUUAGCGGCUAUUAAUUUUAUGAAAAAUAGUUCCGCAGAUUUAUUUUUGUUAAAUCCCGAAAGCUGUUAUUUAGUUACUUUUCGAUAUAUUCGACAACUUGCUAUUACUCUCAGAAACACAAUCCAUCAGCCAAAGCCAGAGACAAGGAAACUUGUACAAAGCUGGUCGUAUGUGCAUGCAAUUGACUUUUGGUCUCGCUUGUUAAGUCGGGCUACUUGGUUGAGCCGCGAAAAGGGAAUAGCAGUGGAAAUGCAAUCUUUGGUAUACCCUUUAGUUCAAAUUGCUCUAGGUGCAAUGAUGAUUUCCCCCUCAUCUCAACUAUAUCCCAUGAGAUUUCAUGUUUUACGAAGUCUCAUUUACCUCUCAAGACAUACCGGUCUUUUCAUUCCUAUGGCGCCAGUACUGUUCGAUGUCUUGGAUUCCCCGGAACUUUCAAGGAAGCCCAAGCCUAGCACAUUAAAACCUUUGGAUUUUGAAGUUGAAAUUCGCGCGCCAACUGCGUAUUUGAGGACACGCGUUUAUCAAGAUGGCAUAACUAAUCAGAUGUUGGAACUUUUAGGGGAAUAUUAUGUUUUAUAUGCUACAAGCAUUGCUUUCCCCGAAUUUGUCAUACCAGUAAUUGUUCGUGCUAAGCGGUUUGCAAAGAAAAGUAAAAAUGUCAAGCUAAAUCGCUCUCUUCUGAUAUUGGUCCAAAAGCUUGAACAGCAAACUGAGUUUGUCUUAACUCAUCGUGCUAAACAAAAAUUCAGUCCUGCUAACCUCGAUUCAGUUGAGACCUUCUUAGCGAAUGAGGAAUGGGAUAAAACACCUUUGGGUGCCUACGUUGUCGUUCAACGUGAAAUUCGUGAAGAGCAGCGUAGACUUCUACGUGAAGCAAUUUUGGAAGACCAAAAUCAUAAGGAAGACAUGCGUCAGAAGAAAAAAGGUGCUUUAAAGAAUGAUGAUGACGAGCUUAAUUCUCUGAGCGAUGAAGAGCUCGAAUAAGAGAAUUCGAUAGAGAACUUGAUAAAAAGUAUUAUAGGUAUGGAAUCUGGGUUUUUUGAAAUAGCGUUCAACGCAAUAAAAUUGGGUAAUUAGGUUUACAGAUUGUGAUAAAUUAUGUUUAGUUAGAUAGGAAUUAUUAUUCUUCCUUAUAGAUAUGACAUGCAGAAGAACCUAAGCCUUUUUAGUAGUUAUAGCUGAUAAAUAUUUAGCUUUUCAGAUUGAAACAAUUAUCUACGGCCACAACUAGGCGGAACACCAGGUCCCGUCCGAUCACUGCAGUUAAGUGAAAACGUCUGAAGG